AUGGCUGCUGAAGGAGGGGGAGCCAAGCCUGUCACCCAGUCCAGGAUGGAGAACUUCCGAAAGGUGAGGACUUCAGAAGAGGAGAGCCCCUUGCCCUUCCCUGACCUGCCCCCAGACGUGGUGGAGAUGAAGGUGAAGGAAGGCAGCAAGAUCAGGAACCUGAUGAACUUUGCCAUGGCCCAGAUGGAGCUGAAGGCCAGCCGGCAGAUCAUCUUCAGUGGUUGUGGCAGGGCGUUCACCAAGACCAUCACCUGCGUGGAAAUCAUGAAGCGGAAGCUGGGAGGUCUUCACCAAGUCACCAAGGUGCGCUACAAAACCUUGAUGGAGGUCUGGGAGAACCAGGACCCGCUGCCCAGUGGCCCAGCACAGAACCUGACCGUCCACAAGAAUGUCCCCUCCAUCUGCAUCCUGCUCUCCCGAGACCCCCUGGACCCCAACCAGACGGGCUACCAGCCCCCGGAGCCCUGUCACGGGCUGGGGACACAGCUCGGUGAAGCAGAAGAUACGUCCAGCUCCUCCACCAAGGGGCUGAAGCGGCCCCUGCCACCUCCCUGCGAGGAGCUGCUGACCAAGAAGUUUCAGGUACAGGUACCCGACAGCCCGAGGGGCUCUGGGACCAUGGACUG